CCUCCACUCCCUCCUCCACUAACUUAACCCAGCAUACCCGACUUUCCAUCUCUCACACACACACAACACAAUUGCAUCUCCAUCACCACCGAAGGCCCGACCUCACCGCUUGGACUGCCUGGUGGAUACAAAGACUGACUGCCCGUGACUGUCCCUUCCACCUCAGUCACUUCAGGCCUCUCCCAUUCCCUCUUUCGUAGCAACAACCAUCGACCACCAACAACCCUCUACCGCAUUGGAACCCAGACACACCCUCCGUCUCAUCGGCAUCAACAGCCAUCAUGAACAGUCUGGCUACGCCGCCGAUUCCCCCUCAUUUCCACGAACACACCCGUCUCUCCCCUGGAAGAUCAAUGUCAGGCACCGCACCCUCGAGAAAACGGAAAGCUUCUCCCUCCCCAGACCGGGAUGAUGAAAUGACAACAUCCCCUUCCAUUCCCAAUGCUCGACUUCCACAGCCUGCAACUCCUUCGACCAGAAAGCGAGUCCGAUCGAACCUGGCAGGACGGCCGUUGUCGGUGGACAGACUCCUAGAGACACUGGAUAAAGAUUCGCUGAGAUCUGUAUUGAAAACUCUAUGUGACCGGAACCCUGGCUUGCGAGAGGAUAUCGUCCAAGUCAGCCCUCGACCAAGUAUCCAGAGCACCCUGCAAGUUCUUCGACAAUACUACGAUCGAUUGAUGCAAUCGUUCCCACUGGGCCCAAAUCCACGAUCUGACUACGCAUAUGACCGAGUUCGUCCUCAAUGGCACGAUCUCCUCGAGGCUCUGACCGAUUUUACUCCACAGUUUCUGCCUCCGAAUGAGCAGCAAUCGUCAGUUUCGCUCGACUAUCUGCACGGCGUCACAAAUAUCAUCCAUGACCUUCCAGAGUGGGAUAAUCCAUCAUACAAUCUCGCCAAGCAGAAUGCCUAUGAGGAAAUCUCAAAAGCGUGGGCUGCCGUUAUCAAGGAAGCCAGCAAAAGAGGAGGUGGAAUUCAACUCCAGUACAAUGGUUGGGAAGUGAAGUUGAGGGCACACAAUGACAAGAGUGGUGGUCGACUACGAGAGGCCUACGAAGCUCUUGUCGAUGCUCUCGGCUGGCUGAAGCCAACACCCCAGCCAACCCAACCGCAAAGCAUUCGACAGCAGUUAUUUUCCAACACAUACGGGACGGAGCAGUCAGCUGUUCGAACUGGCAAUUGGUAAGAGCAGGAAUGGGGUUUCCUCAAGAGGCCAGAUGCCAGACUCACAUCUCCUUAUUCAGUCAAAGAUGAUGCCUGGGGUUCAGCAACAUGGACAAAUCCUCCAGAAAAGCUCACGCACAGAUCGCAUCAGAACUUUCAGAAGAUUAUGCCGAUACGAAUUUCCUUUGUUAAUGGGUGGUAUGAUUGAAACACCUUGCACUUUUUACGACCCGGAACGGCCAUUGCCCAUCGUUAAAUUACCUAUCAUUUAUUUCAAAUCUUUCUGCAGACGCAAUGGACGCAGCACAGCGAUCAUUUGCAUCCCACAUUCGGCGUUGCAUUGGAAGUGAACCAAGUAUUUAUGGGGACAAAGAAGGAGGCAAAUUCACAAGGCCAAUUACUUUUUUCAUUCGUUUUUUCUGCCAGGUCCAUCUUGCUCCCUGAAUUCUUGUGCAGACGAUGGGUUAGAAGACAAAGGCAAAUACCUAGGGACAACCGGGUUUUCUUGAACAGGCUUGAAGUAGGGAUUGUACACAGUUCUUCAAGUAGGAUUCCAUGAUAGGCCAUAAUUGAAAUUGACUCAUACUACAACUA